UUUUACGUGACACUUGGUUUUGACGUAGUCGCACAGCAACCACGCAGGCGUAGUCUCGGAGGCCAACUGCAACACUUCCCCGCGCACCCUCCUGUGCGACUUAAAUGUGGUGAAAGAGGACCAAUGUGUGGCAGAGCGACGACGAAGUGGUGUUUUCUUCACGAAGACGACGUCCUCCGAACAAGCUAAUCUACGUGGAGAACGUUCGUGCUCGGAGAGGAUGUCCGGGGAGUCAAACGACGUUCGCAAGAAGUUUAUUCUCACCACUACGGGAAACUUCUACGAGCUAAACGCAGCGUCUGCACUGACCGACAGCCCGGAGCUCAACAACUUCCUGGACGAUGGCAACGAAUUUGUCUUGUCAGCCAGCAGGCAUGAAAACAACCUGCGGCUGUCAAACAAGAUCGAAGCACUGGAAGGCAGCAGGGAGAAAGUGUUGGUGUUCUUCAAGCUCUACCCCACAGUGAUCACAGAGGAGAACCUCCAUCACAGCGUCCUGGUGUCGUCCAUGCUGGAGUCCCCCAUCAACACCCUGUACCAGGCCGUCAGGCAGGUCUUUGCACCCGUGCUGCUCAAGGACGAGCGCUGGCGCUCUGCCUUUGACCCCAAGCUGGCGGGUCUGCUGAGCGAGUUGGAGCUGGGUCUGGGCUCCGUGGUUCGCCAGGCAGGAGCCCAGCCUUCUGCCUCCAGGAAAGGACACUCGGAAGAGGAUGUUUUGGGUAUUCUCACCCCCAGUGACGAGUUCCUAUACUGGGCGGACGUCUGCGAAUCUGCCAAGAAGGCCGAUUUGAAAGAAAGGGCUUCAUAUUUCACGGAGCAGUUUAAUCUGAUAGAGAAGGAGUACUGCGGUCUGGACGGCCUGUCCAUGUCUGACGUUCUGGACCUGGUGGAGCAGAGCCGGGACGCCCUGGAUGGCGUCUGGCGCCAGCUCGAUUACAAGCCUUAUCCAGAGACGCGCAUGGUCCGACUCAUGGAUGUUAUCGGUGGAGCCCUCGGCCGUUACGUCCAAAAGAAGCUGAGUGAUGUCAAAAUCUUCGAGCGGCCGUUUGUGUCCGUGAAGGAGAACUUGAAGAUGGCCGUUACUAUCUGCCAGCAGUGGGUGGCAGCUUGUGAACAUCUGAGCGGACAGGUGUGGAAGAGACACGCUCCUCACGCCUGGAAGGGAAACAAACACUGCCCACAGACGUUGCACUGCCUGGGCAAGCGACUGGAGGAGGUGUUGUCGCUGCGUAUUUUCCACGAGAAGUUACUGCGUUUGUUACCAGGAGGAAAGCAGCAGGCUCUGUCUUCCGAUUGUGUCUUUGAACCUUUCUCCGGCCUCAGCCCUCUCCAAUACAACCCCUACACUGAGCCCCUCUGGAGGGCAGCGGUGGCUCAGUUUGAGCGCAUGAUGGCUCCGUCAGAGCGGGAGGUGGCAGGCCGACUGAAGAGCUACAUAGCAGACGUGCAAGACAACCCUCAGCAGUUGCUGCAGGUGUUUCAGAAGCACAAAGAGUUAAUCAGGCGCUCCACUGUGAGACAUGAGCUGCAGUCAGAGAGGGACACUCUGCUGGCCAGACUACUGGACUACAACAAAGGCCUGAAGACAGACUUUGAGAGUCGCUGCCAUGGGAGUCCAGGAGAGAAGUCUGGACCACUCGUGAGCAGGAACCUCUCUGACGUGGUCAACAAAAUAGUCUGGGUGCAGCACAUCAUUCAUAAGGUGGAAGACUGUGUCCGCAUUUCCGAGGCCUUGCUGUCGGACCUGUCGGGCUUCAAAAGCUACCUGCGUUUCUGCGACGACCUGCUGGAGGUCCUGAGGGCGUACGAGGAGGAGCAGUUUGAGGACUGGUCCAGAGACGUCCUGUCCGGUUUGGCCGAUCCAAAGUCGGGACUCAGUCUGCAGGCCAGUGAUCGAGUGAUGGAACUGGACCAUGGCGACGGCCGGCUGAAGAUCCAUUAUUCAGACCGCCUGGUCAGUCUGCUCAGGGAGGUCAGGCAGCUCUCCGCUCUGGGCUUUGCUAUUCCUGCCAAGAUUCAGCUGGCUGCCAAUACUGCAGACAAAUUCCACAGGCAGGCCAUUGUCCUCAAACAGGUGGCCAACUUCUACAACACCAUCGACCAGCAGAUGAUCCCCUCUCAGAGGCCAAUGAUGCUCACUCUGGCUUUGGCCUUUGAGCAAGUCAUCAAGAACCCUCGCGCUCAGUCUAAGGACUCAGGUGGGAAGCUUCACAUCACCUGGAACAACCCCAAAGAGUUGGAGAUGUACAUCGCCAAACUGCAGUCUGCCACGGAAAAACUCUCCACAGAGAACCGGAAGCUACGCAAAUGGCACACAGAUUUUAUUGACAAGGUUGUGACACUGAUGAACGUUGACUUGUUGAGACAUCAGCAGCGGUGGAAAGAAGGCCUCCAGGAGCUCCGUACUGGCUUCUGCACUCUGGAGGCUCAGGGUUUCAGGUCUGAUGACAUGCGGGCAUGGCGUCAGCACUGGAACCAUCAGCUCUACAAGGCUCUUGAACACCAGUACCAGACUGGACUGGAAGCUCUGAACAAGAAUCUACCUGAAAUACACAUCGAUCUCACUUUCAAACAAGGCCGGCUACAGUUCCAGCCUCCCUUCGAAGAGGUGCGAGCGCGCUACUACAGGGAGAUGAAGAGGUUCAUCUCCAUCCCCAACCAGUUCAGAGGUGUCAGUGGAACGGGGGAUCAGGUCAUCUUCAGCGCCAUGAUUGACAGGAACGCCUCUGGCUUCCUCACGGUCUUCAGCAAGGCAGAGGACCUCUUCAGCCGCCUGCAGGCCAUCCCCCUCAAGUACAAGGAGUGGGUGGUGCUGGGCCAAGUGGAUUUGGAGAAGUUGGUGGUGCAACACCUGACCUCCGUGCAGGACUGGGAGGCCAAUUUCAAGGCUUUGAAAGCCAGAGGGAAAGAAUCGGAGCGUCUGCCGAGCCAGGAGAAGGUGGACUGCAUCACAGUCAACUGUGAGCCUCUAAAAGCGGCCAUCGAUGGACUGAUCCAGCAGCUCUUUGACCUGCUGCUCAUGUCGCUCAGGAAGUCCAUACAAGGCCACAUGCAGGCCAUAGACACCUUUGUGUCCGAGUCCAUGGACACCUUGUCCACACGGCCAGAAAACAUCGAGGAGAUAGGGGCCUCCAGUGGCAAAUACAACCAGAUACUUGUCCGCAAACCUGAGAUCCUACCUCAGUUCAAGUCGCUGGAGGAGAAGAACCGUUUGCUGCGUGUGGUGUCUGGGGCGGGCGUGGACUCGCUCUCCCCCCUGAGGGCCAGGUGGGACAAACUGGAGCUCGUCAUGGAGAGCCAUCAGCUGAUGAUCAAAGAUCAGGUGGAGGUGAUGCGGAGUCACACCACCGACCGCAUCAACGCCUACAGGGCAGACUUGGAGCGCUUCAAGGCCCGCUGGGACCAGCUGAAGCCCAAAGACGAGAUGUUUGAGACCGGCGACCGCGCCGCCCUCCUUGCCAGUCUUCAGAUCAUCAAGGACAAGCAGCAAGAGUUCCAGGAGCUGGAGUUAGUGCGCAACAAACUCAUGGAAGACUGUGCCUACUUCGACCUGGAGGCUGCAACGUUCCCUCUGGCUGAAGAGACGAGACAAGACAUGGAGGAGUACAGCCAGAUGUGGGGUCUGUACGAGGAGUGGUACCAAGGGUUCACAGAGAAGGCUCAGGAGGACUGGAUCUCAUUCAGGAGCAAGACUUACUUGUUUGAGGAGUUUCUUUUUACGUGGCAGGACAAGCUCAGGAAGUUGGAGCAGCCCACAGCAAUUUCUGUUAAAUUGCAGGAAGAGGUGGACAAAUACAAGAACAUCGUCCCGGUGCUGAAGUAUGUGCGCGGGGAACACCUGUCCCAGGACCACUGGUUGGACAUGUUCCGCCUGCUGGGCCUUCCAAGAGGGAUGACUUUAGAGAAGCUCAGCUUUAAUGACCUGCUUGCCGUGUCAGAUAACAUUCUGGCGAAGGCCUUGGAGCUGAAGGAUCUGAACAGCCGCGCUCAGGCCGAGGUGACAAUCCGAGAAGCCCUGAGAGAGUUGGACUUGUGGGGCGCGGCGGCCACCUUCACCCUCACGGAGUACAGCGGCAGCAGCGGCAGCACUCUGACCAUCAUCAAGGACUGGAAGGAUAUCGUCAGCCAGGUGGGAGAUAACCGCUGCCUGCUGCAGUCUCUGAAGGACUCGCCCUACUACCGCAACUUCCACGACAAGGUCAGCUUGUGGGAAGUACGUCUGUCAGACUUAGACGAGUACCUGUUGAGUCUGAACGCCAUCCAGAGGCGCUGGGUUUAUUUGGAGCCCAUCUUUGGACGCGGGGCUUUGCCCAGAGAGGAGGCCCGCUUCAAACGGGUUGAUGAAGACUUCAGGUCUAUCAUGUCAGACAUUCAGAGGGACAACCGAGUGGUUUCUCUCAGCUCAAGAGCUGGCAUCAGGAACUCCUUGGUCACCAUCAUGGACCAGCUGCAGCGCUGCCAAAAGUCCCUCAACGAGUUUCUGGAGGAGAAGCGCUCUGCUUUCCCAAGAUUUUAUUUCAUAGGAGAUGACGAUCUGUUGGAGAUCCUUGGUCAGGCCACCAACCCCACGGUCAUCCUGUCACACCUCAAGAAGCUCUUUGCCGGCAUCCAUAGUGUGGUGUUUGACGACGGCUGCCAGCAGAUUGUGGCCAUGUGUUCCUUGGAGGGGGAGGUGGUACCCCUCAGAAAUGGGGUUCGCAUCUCCAGCCUUGUGGAGGUGUGGUUGAACGACCUGUCCAAUGAGAUGAAAGAGACGCUGAAGCAAAUGCUGCAUGAAUGUGUGACAGCAGCCAAACAAGGAGAAGUGGACCCGUCACGUUAUCCCUCACAAAUUCUGUGCCUCGCUGAGCAAAUCCAAUUUACUGAAGAUGUGGAAAGAGCUCUGAAGGACCAGAAUCUACAGCAGCUGGAGUCGGAGCUCACCGCCAAACUGGAGCAUUACACAACUGGUGACACCACCUCUGACGACCAUACCAACACAGACCCCGGCAUCCUGCACCUGAAACUGAAGGCCUUGAUCCUGGACAUCAUCCACAACAUCAGUGUGGUGAAGCAGCUCAAGCAGGCCGGAGUCGGCGGUCCAGAUGCCUGGGCCUGGCAGAAGCAGCUGCGCUUCUACAUGGGCCCCGGCAAGUGCUGCCAGGUCCACAUGGUGGGCCAGUUCAACUACACCUACGAGUACCAGGGCAACGCGGCCAAGCUGGUGCACACUCCGCUGACUGACAAAUGCUACCUGACUCUGACCCAGGCCAUGAAGAUGGGGCUCGGGGGAACCCCUAUGGGCUCCGCUGGGACGGGCAAGACCGAGUCCGUCAAAGCUCUGGGUGGCCUGUUUGGACGCCAGGUGUUGGUGUUCAACUGUGACGAGGGCAUUGAUGUGAAAUCGAUGGGACGGAUUUUUGUGGGCCUGGUGAAGUGCGGCGCGUGGGGCUGCUUCGACGAGUUCAAUCGCUUGGAGGAGGCAGUCCUAUCUGCAGUUUCCAUGCAGAUCCAAGCCAUUCAGGACUCUCUUAAACACCACAAGCCCACGUGCGAGCUCAUGGGGAGGGAGGUGGAACUGAACCCAAACUCGGGGGUGUUCAUCACCAUGAACCCAGCAGGAAAAGGGUACGGGGGCCGACAGAAGCUUCCAGACAACCUAAAGCAGCUCUUCAGGCCGGUGGCCAUGAGCAAACCCGACAAUGACCUCAUCGCCGAAGUCAUCUUGUACUCUGAGGGCUUUAAGGAGGGACAAAGGCUGGGUGGCAAACUGGUGGCCAUCUUUAACCUGUCCAGGGAGCUGUUGACCCCGCAGCAGCACUACGACUGGGGUUUGCGUGCUUUGAAGACCGUGCUGAAGGCCUGUGGUCGCUUGCUGCAGCAGCAGAGGAGGAGCCAUGGCCAGGACAAGAUCCAAGAGAGCAAUCUGGUGGUCCAGGCCCUGCGACUCAACACCAUGUCCAAGCUGACCUUUGCUGAUAGCUCGCGCUUUGACGCCCUGCUGAGAGACGUCUUCUCUGGGGUGGACUUCACCGACGUUGAGGACGCCGCCCUCACGCAGGCCCUGGAACAGGUCUAUAAAGAGAGUCGGCUGGAGCCUAUACCUACCCAGCUGAAGAAGGCCCUGGAGCUGAAUGAGCAGCUGAGACAGCGCAUGGGUGUUGUGAUCGUGGGGCCGAGUGGAGCGGGGAAGUCCACCCUAUGGAGGACGCUGCGGGCCGCUCUCAAUAAGACCGGCAGAGUGGUAAAGCUGUACACCAUGAACCCCAAAGCCAUGUCCAAACAACAACUUCUGGGACACAUUGACAUGGACACCAGAGAGUGGGCGGACGGCGUCCUGACACACAGUGCAAGAAACGUGGUUAAAGAAUCCCAGGAUGUCAUCUCCUGGAUGGUGUGUGACGGCGACAUCGACCCGGAGUGGGUGGAGAGUCUCAACUCGGUGCUGGAUGACAACCGCCUGCUCACCAUGCCCAGCGGCGAGCGCAUCCAGUUCGGACCCAACGUCAACUUCCUGUUUGAGACCCACGACCUCAGCUGCGCUUCCCCCGCCACCAUCUCUCGCAUGGGCAUGAUCUUCCUCAGCGAUGAGGACAUCGACGUGGGCGCCCUGGUCAAGUCGUGGCUGCUCAACCAACCCGAGCAGUGUCGCUCCAAUCUGGAAGGCUGGCUGGGGGACUACUUCCAACAAGCCCUGGACUGGGUCCUCAAACAGAACGACUUUGUGGUGGAAACCAGUCUGGUGGGCUCCGUGUUCAAUGGCCUGUCCCACCUCAGCGCCGUGACCGAGCGGGGCCAGUUCCUGGUGGGCCUGCUGAGAGGUCUGGGAGGAAAUCUCAAUCUGAAAACUCGGCAAGAGUUCGCCAGAGAGUUGCUGAGCUGGGCCAGAGAAAGUCCUCCAAACAUCAGGAAGCCUCUGGACACCUACUAUGACCACGACAGUGGCCAUCUUGCAGCGUACACCUUGCAGCGCUCUGCCAGCCUCACACUGGCACAUCUCUCCUGCUGCCAGUCUCUGCCCGUCAUUGAGACCGCCGACAUGCAGCGGGCGCUGCACUGCUUCUCCACCUGGCUCACCCCCGAGCACAGGCAGCCCUUCAUGGUCGUGGGACCCGAGGGCUGUGGGAAAGGAAUGCUCCUGCGCUUCGCCUUCUCGCGGCUGCGCUCCACCCAGGUGGCCGUGGUCCACUGCAGCGCCCAGACCUGGUCUCGCCACGUCCUGCAGAAGCUGGGCCAGACCUGCCUGCUGCUCAGCUCCAACACGGGCCGGGUCUUCAGACCCAAGGACUGCGAGAACCUGGUCCUCUACCUCAAAGACAUCAACCUGCCCAAGCCGGACAAAUGGGGGACCAGCAACCUGGCAGCCUUCCUGCAGCAGGUGUUGACCUAUAAAGGGUUCUACGAUGAAAACCUGGAGUGGGUGAGCCUGGAGAACAUUCAGGUGGUGGCCUCCAUGUCAACAGGGGGCGCUGUGGGAAGCCAUUCUCUCACCUCCCGCUUCACGUCCAUCGUCCGUAUCUGCACCAUCGACUAUCCAGACCAGGAGCAGCUGCAGACCAUCUACUCGGCCUACCUGCAGCCCAUCCUGCGACACAGUCUGGGCAGCCAAGCGUCCUGGGCCAGCUCAGGGAAGACCCAGCAGCUGGCUGCUUCUCUGGUGCAGCUCUAUGAACAGGUGAAGGCCAAGUUGACAGUGGAUGACCACAGUCACUACCUUUUCACACCGUGCGUCCUGACCGAGUGGGUCCUCAGCCUGCUGCGAUACGACCUCACUGCAGCUCAAUCGGACGUGACGGACAGUGUGCUGGAGGUGGUGGCGCACGAGGCCAGGAGGAUCUUCAGAGACCGUCUGGUGUCCUCCAAAGAUCUCCACGCCUUCGAUAACAUGCUCUCCUCCAUCAUCCGUGGUGAUUGGGGCUCGGACGCCCUGAGAAACAUGGCUGAUGGUUUCUAUGUGACCUGGGGGGUCUCUGAGGGGGUUGUGAUGCCUCCAGGCCAGACCCUCCCUCCUCACGGCAAACCACUGGGACGUCUUUCUUCUGCCGACCUCCAGCAGAUCAUUCAGAAGGGACUGGUGCUGUACAGUCGUGAUAACCGGGAGCUGGACCUCCUCCUCUUCUGGGAAGUGUGUGACUUUGUGUCCCGGCUGGACCGAGUCCUGAGCCGGCCGGGCGGCUCUCUGCUCCUGGCGGGCCGCAGCGGAGUGGGGCGACACACCGCCACCUUCCUGGUGUCGCACAUGCACGCCUAUUCCCUGUUCACCCCGAAGAUCUCCCGGGGUUACUCCCUCAAACAUUUCAAGGCCGACCUCAAGACGGUGAUGCAGCUGGCUGGAAUAGAAGGGCAGCAAGUUGUCUUCCUGUUGGAGGACUAUCAGUUUGUCCACACAGCUUUCCUGGAGAUGGUGAACAGCCUGCUGUCAUCUGGGGAGGUUCCUGGCCUCUACACCCCUGAGGAGCUGGAGCCUCUCCUCUCCUCCCUGAAAGAUGCUGCUUCUCAGGAUGGAUUUACUGGACCGCUCUACAACUACUUCUCCUACAGAAUCCAGCAGAACCUCCACGUGGUCCUCAUAAUGGACUGCUCCAACCCCAACUUCACCAUCAGCUGCGAGAGCAACCCAGCCUUCUACCGCAGGUGUUCUGUGCAGUGGAUGGAAGGAUGGUCUGAAAGCAGCAUGAAGAAGAUUCCUGAGCUGUUGCUUGCCAAGACAACAAGCCUCAAAGGGGAGAAGAAUGAAGCCAAAAAGAGCGCAAGUACAAAAACCAAAAGCAACGUGGCCGGUUCCGGACAGGAAGAGGCGGGCCUCCAGUUCCUGACGGUCCACGAGUCAUGUCGGGAAGACGGUGCCACACCCAGCCAGUACCUGGCCUUCCUGCACCUCUACGGCGCCAUCUACGGCCGCAAGCAGACGCAGCUUACCACCAGGCAGCAGCAUCUGCAGGCCGGCGUGUCCAAGCUCAACGAAGCCAAGGCAUUGGUGGACGAGCUGAAGAGGCGGGCUGCUGAGCAGAGCAUGUUGCUGAAGUCCAAACAACAGGAGGCUGAUUCCGCCCUGCAGGAAAUCACCAACUCCAUGCAGAAUGCCAGUGACCAGAAGGCAGAGAUGGAGAAGAUCAAAGCCAGGAUAUCUGAAGAAGUGUCCAAGAUUGAAGAGCGAAAGGCCAAAAUUGACGAUGAACUAAAAGAAGUGAAGCCUUUGGUGGAUGAGGCCAAGCAUGCGGUGGGGAACAUCAGGCCUGAAGCUCUGUCUGAGAUCCGUUCACUGCGCAUGCCGCCUGAUGUCAUCAGGGACAUCCUGGAGGGGGUCCUGCGACUGAUGGGUACCUUUGACACCUCCUGGGUCAGCAUGAAAAGCUUCCUGGCCAAGAGAGGUGUGCGGGAGGACAUCGUCACCUUCGAGGCCAGGAACAUCACGCCUGACAUCAGACAGAGUGUGGAGGAACUGCUGAGCAGGAACAGAACCUCCUUCGACCCCAAGAAUGCCAAACGUGCGAGUGCAGCUGCGGCUCCCCUGGCUGCCUGGGUCAAAGCCAACGUCCAGUAUUCUCACGUUCUACAGAGGAUAGAACCCCUGGAGCGAGAGCAGGCUGGACUAAAGGACAACCUGAAGAAAACGGAGAACAGGAAGAACAAGCUGGAGAACCAACUGGACUCGGUCGGAGCCAAAGUCAACGAGCUGAAAGAGAAGUUCCAGUGUCACACUGCAGAAGCGGCCAAGCUGGAGUCUGAGGUGACCAGGGCCCAGGACACAAUCAGCGCUGCUCAGAAACUGAUCUCCCAGCUGGACGGGGAACACAAGCGCUGGAACGCUCAGAUGUGUGAGAUAAAGAACGAGUUGGAGACUCUCCCUGUGAGGGCCAUGCUCGCUGCCGCCUUCAUCACCUACUUGUCUGCAGCCUCCGAGGAUCGUCGAAGGCGCUGUCUGGAAAGUUGGAUGUCUCAGUCAGGAUUGCAGAAGUUUGACUUCAGGUCCUUCCUGUCCUUGGAGAGUGAACAGUUGAUCUGGAAGAGUCAAGGCCUGCCGUCUGAUGACCUCUCCAUGGAGAAUGCUAUCGUCAUAUUGCAGAUCAGUCAACUAAAGUUGCGGAGUGUGGCGUGUCCUUUCCUUAUCGACCCUUCUUCCCGUGCCACCGAGUGGCUGUGUGCACACCUGGCCCAGCACCGCCUCGAGGUCAUCAACCAGCAGGACAGCAACUUCAUGACAGCACUGGAACUUGCUGUCAGGUUUGGAAAAACUCUCAUCAUUCAAGAGAUGGAUGGAGUGGAACCUGUGCUCUACCCGCUGUUGAGGAGGGACCUCAUCGCACAAGGCCCCAGAUACGUGGUCCAGAUCGGAGACAAGGUCAUCGAUUACAACGAGGACUUCCGACUCUUCUUGGCGACGCGCAAUCCUGCCCCCUUCAUCCCCCCGGACGCCGUCUCCGUGGUUACGGAGAUCAACUUCACCACCACGCGGGCCGGCCUGCGAGGACAGCUCCUGGCGCUGACCAUCCAACACGAGAAACCCGAGUUGGAGACGGAGAAAACGCGGCUGCUGCAACACGAGGAAGACAAGAAGAUACAGCUUGCACAGCUGGAGGAGUCCUUGUUGGAGACCCUGGCCACGUCGCAGGGGAACAUUCUGGAGAACCGGGAGCUGAUCGACAGUCUGAACCAGGCCAAGUCCAGCAGUGCCCUCAUCCAGCAGUCCUUACUGGAGUCCCACCGGCUGCAGGCUUCUCUGGACCAGGAGCGCGAUGCCUACCUCCCUCUUGCAGAGAGCGCCAGCAAAAUGUAUUUCGUCAUCACGGACCUUUCCAAGAUCAACAACAUGUACCGCUUCAGCCUGGCUUCCUUCCUCAGACUCUUCCAAAGGGCUCUUCAGGCCGAGCAGGACGUGGAGAACACAGAAGCCAGGAUAACCGCUUUGGAAGCCAGCUUGAAGAAUAUGGUGUAUGAGUACGUCUGCCGCUCCCUUUUCAAGGCUGACCAGUUAAUGUUUGCCAUGCACUUCUCCAAAGGCAUGUAUCCUGAACUCUUCCAGGAGGACGAAUGGGACGUCUUCAUCGGCUCCAUCGUCGGGGAAAUGUUUAGACAAGAGGACUUCCCGUCCUGGAUUCAUCAGGAAAGACACAGAUCAGUGGCCGUUUUUAAGGCCACGUUCCCGGCCCUCUAUCAGACGCUGGCGUUGGACGACUCGGACCUCUGGCAGCCCUUCGCCCGCAGCUCUCACUGCGAGCAGGAAGUUCCGUCCACCGUCGCCAGGAAAGUGACCGCCUUCCAGCAGCUGUUGCUGGUCCAGGCGGUCAGACCGGAUCGACUUCAGAGCGCCAUGACAGCCUUCGCCUCGCAGGCCUUGGGCAUGAACGAGCUCUCCCCUCCGCCUCUGAACCUGCGGCGUUUGUACGCCGAGACCCUGGAGCUGGAACCCGUGCUGAUCAUCACCUCGCCCGGGGCCGACCCCUCCCAGGAACUGGCGGAGCUGGCCGUGGACGUGGUGGGUCGGAACCAGUACCACGAGAUCUCCCUGGGUCAGGGGCAGGCGGACGUGGCCUUGGCCUCGCUCAGAGAAUGUUCCAGAAACGGAGAAUGGCUCUGCUUGAAGAACCUCCACCUGGUCACAGCAUGGCUGCCCCUCCUGGAGAAAGAGCUGAACGCCCUUCGCCCCACGGGAGGUUUCCGCCUCUGGAUGACAUCCGAGGUCCACCCCAGGUUUCCUCCCAUCCUGCUGCAGUCCAGUCUCAAGAUCACAUACGAGGAUCCUCCUGGGCUGAAGAGGAACCUCCUCAGGACUUAUGAAUCCUGGUCUCCAGAACAGAUCAGUAGAGGGGGACAACUGCUGAGAGCUCAGUCCCUCUUCUGCCUGGCCUGGUUCCACGCCGUCUGCCAGGAGAGACGCAACUACAUCCCUCAGGGCUGGACUAAGUUCUAUGAGUUCUCCUUGUCAGACCUGCGUGCUGGUUUUGAAAUCCUGGACAGGUUGUUUGAAGUGGGCAAACCAUUCCAGUGGGAGUUUGUCCACGGUCUGUUGGAGAGCGCCAUCUACGGCGGGCGCAUCGACAACACAUGUGACCUGCGUAUCUUGCGCUCCUACCUGGAACAGUUCUUCUCCGCCCGACUACUCUCCCCCUCAGCCGGGCAGGGGCGGAGCAAAGGGGCUCGCUUUCUUCCAGCUCAGAUCAGCCUCCCGAACUCCUGCUCCAUCCUGGACUACCGGGAGGUCAUCGGAAACCUGCCGGAAGACGACAGGCCCGUGUUCUUUGGACUGCCAGCCAACAUCGAAAGAACUUCACAGAGAACCGUCAGCUCCCAGGUGAUUUCCCAACUCCGUGUCAUAAGUCGCUCCGUAGCAACAGGCUCCAAGUUCGACCGGGAUCUCUGGUCCAACGGACUUUCGCCCAUCCUCAACUUGUGGAAGAAACUGAACAAGGGUUCUACGCUGAUCCAGCAGAAGGUGACACCGCCAACAGAUCACCACGGCUCACCCGUGCUGUCCUUCACUGUUCUAGAACAGUUCAACGCCAUCCGACUGGUUCAGAGCAUCCACCAGUCCCUGGCCGCCCUCAGCAAGGUGAUUCGAGGGACUGAACUUCUCACUCCCAAGGUCCAAAAACUGGCCACGGCCUUGCUCAACCAAGAGUGUCCCCUGACCUGGCAAGAUAUGUGGGAGGGGCCCGAGGAGCCCAUGCAGUACCUGGGAGCCAUUGUCAUGCGUGCACUCGCCUUGCAGAGUUGGGUGGAGCGAGCAUCAAGUCAACAUCUUCUGUCGGACACUGUGGAUCUUUCAGAACUCUUCCACCCUGACACCUUCCUCAAUGCUCUCAGGCAGGAAACUGCCAGAUCUUUGGGUUGUUCCAUGGACAGUUUGGUGUUUGCAUCAUCAUGGAGGACUCCUCUUGUGGGGGCCAAGCUGCAAGUCAAGGUGGGCGGCCUGCAGCUGGAAGGGUGUGGCUUUGAUGGCGUCCAUCUUUGUGAGAACCAGCACGACUCUCCCAGCGUGUCAGCCGUGCCGCUUUGUUACAUGGCCUGGCUUCCACGGGAUUGUUGUGCGGACAGCGGUGCCGAGGACAUCUGGCUGCCGGUGUACAGCAGCCCUGAGAGGCUGAAGGUGGUGACGCAGGUUCGACUUCCCUGCAGGACCAAUCACAACCAGUGGAUCCAAGCCGGUGCUGCCCUCUUUCUUAAACAAUGACCCCACUACUUUAUAGUCCUUUCACAAUAAAAGCUCAUAGUUGAAGGU